AUGUCGGCCGCCGUGGCAGCGGCCGUUCUGCCGUCGCAGCCUUCGAGGCCUGCUCCUCGGCCAACGCCUGGGCUGCGGAGACCCCCGGGGCUGACGCGGGCUUUCCUUGCCGAGGCGGUGGCUCUGGGGCUCCACCCUCUUGCUUUGCGUCGCUUCCUCCGCGCUUGUCAGCGCCGCCCAAAGCGGAGCUUCCGAAUCAACGGCUGCCGCUUCGAUCGCAGAAACGGGCAGGAGUUUCUAGAGGGCCUGCGCCGCGACGGCUUCCGUCCCAGCCCGGCCCCCUGGUGUGGCGAUGGCUUUCUUCUCGAGGACGAGGACGGCUUUGCCUCCCUGAGUUCCUUGCAGCUCUCCGGCGCCGUCUACCUCCAGGAGCUCGCGUCCAUGCUGCCGGUGCAGGUGCUUUGGUCUCAGCUGCCGCGAACUGGCGACCUGCGCUGCGUGGACCUGUGUGCUGCACCGGGCUCCAAGGCGACGCAGCUUCUCACAUUGCUUCGCCUCCAAGGAAGCCUGAGCUCUCCGUGUUUGCUGGUGGCGAACGAUUCCCAGCCGCAGCGCUCCGAUGUACUUCGCUGCAACGUCGUUCGGUCAGGUGUGGCCGAGGACUGCCUCAUACUUCAGGAGUCUGGGCAAUGCCUCGGCGACCUCGCACCGGGCUGCUUCGAUGCCGUACUCCUGGAUGCUCCAUGCAGUGCCGAAGGCAAUCUCCGCAGGUAUCCCGAGGUGCUGGACCGCAUUCUGUCUGAGGGCUACCAGCACAGUGUCCGCUCCAAUGCCGAAGUCCAGUGGGAACUGCUACAGAGUGCCUGGAAAUUGCUUCGCCCCGGAGGUACCUUGGUCUACUCCACUUGCACUUUGAAUUCACAGGAGAACGAGGCCCCAUGCUUCCGGCUGCUGCGGUUUGAUCCCUCCGCAGAGGUUGUCGAUCUCAGGCACAGCCUUGGACUUGAAAUGGAUGCGACGGGAACAAAGGAGGGUUUUCUGCGAGUGUGGCCACAAGCAUUUGACACCAUGGGCUUCUUCGUGGCCUGCUUCCGGCGACAGCGGGAGCCAGGCAGCCCACGCAGCUACGACCAAAAGCUGGCUGUGGACUGGCUCCGCCCGAUGCAGGCUGCAGAGAUCCGACGCGUGCGCGAAGGAGCUGAAGCUGCUGGUGUAACGUGGCCCAUAUCCGAUCACUCCGAGCGGGUCAUCGUCAGCAAGGACGGAGCGGCCUUCCUGCUGCCUCGGCUGGAGGGCCUGCCGCGCGCCCUGCUCCUACGCUGUCCUCGCCCUGGCCUCUGCGUGGGACCCGACCACGCAGAGCUGCGACUCGCCACGGCCACUCACUUGGACGCCGAGGGGUGGGCAGAGCUGAACGCCUCGCAGGGUGGAGGCCUCGGAGCGUUCGGGGCUUUGAUGGACCUCCGUGCCAGAAAAGGAGAUGUGAGAGGAGCAGAGGAAGUUCUUGUGCAGAUCAGGCAGCAGCGGAUGAAGCCGGACCUGAUUUCCUACAAUACACUCCUCAAGGCUUAUGCUGCUGUCAAAGACUGCAAGGGCGCAGUGCGGAUCCUUGCGUCCAUGCGAAGCGCCGCUGUCCGGCCUGACAAUGCCAGCUUUUCGACGGCCAUGCAGGCAUGCGUGGCGGCAGGAAGGAGCAAAGCGGCCGAACAACUUUUAGCAGACCUGCGCAGCGCACGGCUUCAACCAGACCUGAUGACGUGCACUACUCUUAUUCGCUCUUAUGCUGCUGAUUCGCGACGCAGGGACGCAGAGGCACUUCUGCAGCAAAUGGAUCUUGAUACCUUGCAGCCGGACGUGGCGUGCUACACAGCCUUGAUGGACCUGUAUGCUUCUUUGAGGGAUCGAGUGGCAGCAGAAGGGCUGCUCAACAACAUGUCCGCGGCCCCUAACGUCGUCACCUAUGGGGUGCUGCUGAAGCUUUAUGCAGCAGAGGCUGACGUUGAGCGCGCGGAGGACACGCUUCGCACCAUGCGGCGAACAUCGCUUCAGCCGAACUUCUUGUGCUACACAGCCCUGUUGAGUGCCUAUGCAAAAAGAGGUGAUAGUCUUCGGGCAACUGGGCUGGCCGAAGAACUGCAAUCAACCCGUGUGCAACCGGAUGUCGUCAUGCAAAGCUCGCUGAUACUCGCCCACACUCGUGCUGGCGACCUACAGGGUGCUGAGGAAGUGCUGAGGGGCAUGGGCGCCUGGGGACUGCUGCCCAAUGUGGUGUGCUUUGCGACUCUUUUGGAUGGCUACGCCCGGACAGGCGAUGUGCCCAAUGCCGAGCGAGUGCUGGGAAUGCUGCGCUCCCGCGGGCUGCAAGCGAACGUGGUCGUGGCCUCCGCCAUGGCCAAGUGCCGGGCCAACGCCGGCGACUUCGCAGGAGCCACGGAGGAGCUGCGCCGGCUCCCCUCGGCCGGCCUCGUGCCAAACCAGCGCCUUCGACAGGGCUUUGUGUUUUGGCUCGAAAUCUCAGGGCCGGUGACGCCGAAGCAGCUGCGAGCAAGGACGCACAGCAUCUGUCCGCAGUCCUGCGCCAAUAUCAUGUGCAUGGCGCAGGAGCGCACACAGCCGCGUUUCUUCAUCCGGUUGAUAUAUGCCACGACGGAUGGUUCCAACAUCUUCACGCCCGAGUACCUGAAGCGGAUUAAGCACAUCGAAGACAGGCUCGAGACCUUGCCGGGCUACCGGCGUUUCUGCCUCGCUGACGGAAACGGUCGCUGUGUGCGGCCGCUGUCGGCGGUCAACUAUUUCUUUGCCAGCAUGGAUGCAAGCACAGGCACCAUCACGCCUAAUGGUCGAGGAGAACACCUUCUUCCCAUUCAGGCGAUCUUAGCGAAUCUUGGCACUAGCAACUCCUACUUCGUGGAUAGGUACUUCGGUGUCUCUUCGGGUCAGCUGAAAAGUGCUCUCGAGGGCAACAUUACUCGCAGCGUCCUCCGCUUCGGAUUGCCCCUAAGGGGCUUUCAGAACACGGAGGACCAUCGACAGGCUGAGAUGUUCGGGGAGUUCGUCAGGGACCAGCUCCGGCCCUACUUGAUAGAAGCAUCCUCGGAGAAGCUGCGCGUCUACUUUUACGGGGACCAGGUGACCCAGUUAGAGGUCGAGUCGGCAGUGUGGCACGAUGCCACGUAUGCCAUCGGGUCUUUGCUCUUCAUAUUUAUCUACUUAGUGUUCUACCUUAGGUCUGUCGUUCUGACCGUCAUGGCCUUGUUCUGCAUAGCUCUGUCAUUUCCCAUAUCGUACGCUUGCUAUUGCUUUGUUUACGGUCACGGCAAGAUGAUUGCGAUCAACUUCUUGUCUUUCUUCGUCGUUCUUGGUGUAGGUGCAGAUGAUGUGUUUGUAUUGCAUGAUGUGUGGGUCCUUUCUCGGCGCCACGGCACCGGUGAGAUGGCCCUGGCGCGGCGACUGUGGUCGAUGUACUGCAAAGCUGGAAUGGCGAUCUUCGCGACAUCUGCCACGACGGCCGCGUCCUUCUUUGCCAACCUGGCCAGUUCCAUUGGUCCCUUGCGGCAAUUCGGCUUCUUCAUGGGCACUUGCAUCACGGUAAAUUGGAUCCUUGUUGCGGUGAUGUACCCGCUUAUCCUGGUGAACUACGAACGUUCCACCUGCAAAGGAGCCCUCAUCGAAGCCGAGCAGUCCUCGCCCAUGGAGGAGCAGCUGGUCGAGAGCUGCCAAGGAACAGACCUGGACGUGGAGGAUGGCUCCGCCGGACGCUCUCCAGGGGAUGUCGUCCGGCGAGCCUCCUCGAAGGGCAGCCUCGGAGGUGGCCUUGCAGUUAAGAUGCUGGCAUUCUGCGUCAGCUUCCUUGGCAUUGGCGGGAGUGUCUAUGCUCUUCACUCAGCUGUUCGCAACCUGCGCCCUUCGAACGGUCUGCCAAAGUUUUUCCCCGAGGACAGCAAUCUCGGCGGAUUGCAGGAGCUUCAGAUGCGCUUCGGCAACGAGACAAGCAUUGAGUCGACGGAGCUCAAGCUUUGCCAUGGCAGGGCGCAGGAUGCCAAGCUUGUCUGCGACGGGGAGAGCAGCGGGCCAACAGCGACCGUGGCACCGCCAACAGAGCCACCGCCGCUUCACCUGCCGGGGCCCGGCGGCGGCUCGAUGCCUUGGCCGCCCUCGCCGCCCUCGCCGCCUCGGCCGUUGCCGCCAUCACAAAAACACCCUCAGCCUCAGCCACAUCCACAGCCGACGCUUCGGCCAGUCGCACCUUCUGAGAGGCCUUCGCCUUCGCCUGCUGCCGCAGCCCCAGUCGCCGCGAAAGGCUUCGACCUGCAGCUCGAGGUGAAGGGCCACUCCAUUGCGGACAUCCAGGAGUUUGAGGAUCUCGUGCGAGACCAGAUCGUGGAGAGCUUGCGGCUUUCGCCCGAAGACCUCAGCUUCAACAUCAAGAAGCUUAAGGUCCUGGACGGUCGCCGCCUGCAAGAGGGCCAAUACGAGGUGACUCUUCAUUUCCAGCACGUCACCCCAGAGAAGGAGCGAGAGAUCCGGGAGUAUCUUCGCCAGCAUAAGGAUCUGCUUUCCCUCCUCGGAGCCGAAGCGCCCACGGCGCCCACACCAACCCAGAAGCCACACCCACCGCAGCCGCAGGCACCUCUACACCCGCCGCAUGCAACCCAUGCAAGCCCACAGUCCCCGCAGCCCCCAGUUACAAAACCCUCUUCCACUCGCCAACCGGCUGCAACAACUUCACCACCAACCCGUGGUCCGGCAACAUCACAUCCGGAAGCACCACACACGCGACGUACCACCAUUCCUCCAACACAGUCGAAGCUGACCACGUUGCCGUCAGCUGUGCCUGCAACAUCCACAUCAGCAAAGCUUGCGCCCGCAACUACAGCAGUGUCCUCGAAGUUAAGGCCCAGCACGACUUCCACGACGUCUUCCACAGCAAUGCAGCUCCAUCUCCAGCCGCGGGGAAUGCCUCACGACCGUCAGGCCGUGAUCCACGUUCUCUUGGGUGUGCGAGAGGUGACCGGGGGCCUUGGCAGCGCCUACGCCUACGAGCUCGACGAAAGCUUCGACUUGUCUCGCCGGGAGGCGCAGCUGGCCAUCGUCGAAUUCUGCCAGCGCUUGCGACAGGAAGCACAGCUCAAGGUUGUCAAAGGGCAGUGGAGCUGCUGGCCAUCGAAGUUGAAGGACUUUCUGCUGCGAAGAGGAGAGCAGUUCCCCACGUAUGCAAUAUGGCCGGCUGUACAAAACUUUCUGGCCCAGGUAAGGGGUGAGGCGGACCACGUGGGUUUCGCCGAGGAUGGCAGCGUAUCCUGGGUGCAGCUGGACUACCGCGUGGAGUUCGACAUUUGGAGCUCAGGGCGCCAGGUCCAGCCCUACAUGGACCUCUGGGAAGACACCGCCAAGCGUGUCUUUAACGAGGUUACACAGAAGUACAGGGGCUCCGAGAACUGUUUGGGAAUGCCGUUGCCGCUGUCUGACCUCUUCCAGCGGGCGGAGGCAGAGAAUCGUGUCGUGAACUCCGCGCUGUCCUCGUGGAUCGUCAGUGUGGCUUGUGCUUUGGUGGCGCUAGGGGCCUUCACGCGCAGUCUUUGGCUCUCCGGCAUCGCCUGCUUCGCGAUGCUGUCCACUGCGGCUUGCAGCCUGUUCUUCAUUACGAACAUCUUUCAGUGGAGAUUCGGGCUGAUGGAGGCAGUGUCGCUCAUCAUUUUCUGCGGCUUCUCCGUGGACUAUCCCUUGCACGUGGUGCAGGCGUAUGUCCAAGAACGUAGCAAAGGCUCUGGCGUCCGUCGAGCACUUCGAGAAGUCGGGGGAGCAGUGGCAUCAGGCUGCGCGACGACUUGUGGAGCGGCCAUGUUUUUGCUUUUUUGCCAGAUUCGCAUCUUCACGCGAUUUGGACAGGUGCUAGUCGUCAACAUGUUGUUCGCCCUCGUUUUCGCAUUGGUCUGGAUUCCGGCAGCUCUUGAACUGUGCCGCAACGUGCAGUGUAGGAGGCGCAAGACGUCAGCCGCGGCAUGCCCGGCAGAUGGCGAAGAAGGCUACGCUCUGGGACUUCUCGGAGGGCGGCCCACUCAAGGCGCGGCCAUGAAUGGAGGGGUGUCAGCAGGAGCCUCGUCCAGAUCGCCUGAGCGCAUCAUGAUGGAGCUCGAUGGCUCCAGUCAAGGCUUCUCGGCCCUUCAAGGCUAG